GUAACGUCAGGCGGGAGGCUGCAGACUAGCGGAGGCGUGUGUGAGUCCCUGGAGUCCAGAGCCGCCCUCCGCGCUUGGGGCGUGGCCGCCGCCGCUUUAUCUGUGACUCCACCGCCGGGACGCAGCAGACAGCUCUCGGCUCUGCUCUGGCCACAGUUUCCUGCUCAGGCCCCCGGCAUGGCGAUGGCAGUAGCCCAGAAGUUCAGCCACCUGCUGUCCAGCUUGUGGCACGUGGGCCAGAAGCCUCUGCAGCCAGAGCCCGUGUUCACGGUGGACCGGGCUGAGGUGCCGCCCCUCUUCUGGAAGCCAUACAUCUACGCCGGCUACCGGCCGCUGCAUCAGAACUGGUGUUUCUACUUCCGCACGCUCUUCCAACAGCACAAUGAGGCUGUGAACGUGUGGACCCACCUGCUGGCCGCCCUGGCGCUGCUGCUGCGCCUGGUCAUCUUGGUGGGGAGUGUGGACUUCUGGGAGGACCCGCACGCCCUGCCGCUCUUCAUCAUCGUCCUGGCCUCCUUCACCUACCUCUCCUUCAGUGCCCUGGCGCACCUCCUGCAAGCCAAGUCGGAAUUUUGGCACUACAGCUUCUUCUUCCUGGACUAUGUGGGCGUAGCCGUGUACCAGUUUGGCAGUGCCCUGGCGCACUUCUACUAUGCCAUUGAGCCCUCCUGGCAUGCCCAGGUACAGGCCAUCUUCCUGCCCAUGGCUGCUUUUUUGGCCUGGCUGUCUUGUGCCGGCUCCUGCUACAACAAGUACAGCCAGAAACUAGGCCUGCUGGGCCGAACUUGCCAGGAGGUGCCCUCGGCGCUGGCCUAUGCGCUGGACAUCAGCCCCGUGGUGCACCGCAUCAUAGUGUCCCCUCUCCCUGCCGAGGAAGACCCCGCUCUUCUCUAUCACAAGUGCCAGGUGGUUUUCUUCCUUCUGGCCGCUGCGUUUUUCUCCACCGUCAUGCCCGAGAGUUGGUUCCCCGGCAGCUGCCACAUCUUUGGGCAGGGACACCAGGUUUUCCAUGUCUUUUUGGUGCUGUGCACAUUGGCCCAGCUAGAGGCUGUGACGCUGGACUAUCAGGCCCGGAGGCCCAUCUAUGAGCCUCUGCAUGCCCGUUGCCCCCACAACUUCUCUGGCCUCUUCCUGCUCACGGUGGGUAGCAGCAUCCUCACGGCCCUGCUUCUCAGCCAGCUGGUGCGGCGCAAACUCCAUCAGAAGACUAAGUGAAAGCUGGCAGGGUGGGAGCUGGCAGGGUGGGAGCUGGCAGGGCGAGACAGGGCGCUGGAAGGGACAAAGGCCUGGACUUGGCUCCAGAUGGGAACAAGGCCUGGUAAAAUUGUUUCUGUCUGGCAGGCCAUGACUCCCUGCCUACAAGCUCAAUGGUCAAGAUGGUGCUAGCCAACCCUUGGACCUGGGGAUUGACUGGGAGUUACAGCGUCCCUGACCAGUUCUCUGCCCUGGGAGCGGAAGAGAUGAGGGAGUAGAUCUUUCUCAGUGUUCCUUCCCUGCUUCCUGUCAGGGCUAAUUAUUGGGGUCCAGCUCUGGUCAGCACCCUGGUCUGGGGGUUCCAGGUUGUUGGGUGGGAGAUGAGUCCUUGGCCAGUGUCACAUUUGAUCUGAGAGGGAGAGGAAGCCUCAGCAGCCAUCCUCCACCAUAUUGCACUGGUGGAGGGAAGGAAACAGGUCAAAAGAUGGGUAGCAUUUAAUCUUACUGUCCCUGCACCCCUGCCUGAAUCACUGGGUUCCAGAGAGCCUCCAAAGACAAAAAUGCCCACCCACUGCCCAUCCCCCAUCACCACAGCCCCAGCCUUAAGUCUCAUAUGGAGCAAUGGCCUGUGUGUCCUGCACACUCUUUCCAGCUCCUCUCCCACAAGGCGCACUUGUGAUUCUGAGUUCUAUCUCCUUCGCUGUUUCCCGGGACUCCAGGCUUUAGCACCUAACAAACUGUCAAAGGAAGCUCAGAGGCCAGGCUAAUCCUGGAGCACUGCCUGGGGCAUUCCUGGGCAGGGGAGAGUGAGUAGGAGCUUGCUGACCAAGCUUAGAAGGACAUUCCAGGCAAAAGGGGACCCAGAAAGGCAGUGAGUGGGGCUGGAGGUAAGGCUGGUGUCUGGCCCCUCAUGUGCCCUAGAUUCAAUAAAGUGACUAUGACAACA